AAUGGAAGGAACUCUAAACAAUCAAGUCUCUAAAACAAUUUUUUCAAUAUUACAACAUUUGGAUCCAUUGCCCUCUGGAAGUUUUGACUUAAAUGAAUUCGAGAAGACGGUUACAAAAUUUGCUAAUGAUUCUCAACAAAUUGCUCCUGUACUUUUAUUUAAUUCGCCUGUUAGUGCUGACGAAUGGAAAAUUUUGGAACAGUUUGUUAAUGCUCUUAAUUUGGACUAUGAAAAGCGAACAAUUUUGUUAAAGAAGCGGAUUGAGGUUGCUAUGGAUUCUUUUUUAUGGUCAGAAAGGGUUAAAAAGAUGGAGGGACAGAUUCGACAAAUUUGUGAUAAAAGUUUAUUUAAAGAAGCAAUUUUUAAUCCGGUCAAUUUGGAACAUUUAAUUGCUGCAGAUUCGAAUUUAUUAUUCAUGAUUAAGACAAGUUCAAAAGAAUUAAGAAAGAAGACAAGAGUUCAACAAGUUAACGACUUUAAAAUGCCUGUCGGUGUUGUGCCGGAUAGGGGAGGAAGGACUGAGAUAAUGACUCCGUUACAAAGAGAGACAUUUGACCAACAGGAAAAACAAAGAGCACAACAAUCUUUUCAAGAGAGACGACGAGGUGGAGGGGGUGACAGAGGAGGUGGUAGAGGUGGAUGUGAUAGUGGUCGUUCAGGAUACUUUCCUGAUGGACAGCAGCAAGAAAGUCGAGGAGGAUAUCAGGGAGGUAGUGGAGGAUAUCAAGGUCGGGGCGGGUAUGGUGAUUUUCGCGGUGGAAAAGGAGGGGGAGGAGGGCAAAAACGAGGACGUUAUAAUUAG